GGCGGUCCAAGUGCUGGUGGAUCUUCUUUCGGUGCUGGUGGUGACACCACGACUUCGUUCGACAUGCAAGCAAUGCUGUCCAACACAAUUUUAGUCGUUGACGGGACGAAAGCAUGCCCGUUGGUCCAAGAAACGGACUUCGUUGAGCUGAAUUUGACAAACGCGACAAACUCGAUGAUCUCCCCGACGCCGACGACCACAACUUCUGUUGCGUUAUCCCAAGACUGCGACAUCACGGGCCGGACGUUCCGGUUGUUUGGAAAGGCGCACCAGAACGCGUCGAGUGCGAAUCCAUUGCUUGAGGAGAUCGGCCUGGGGUCCCCUAUUCCACUGCACAUCUGCGAAGUUGAGUUGUA